CCUCGACUCAACUAACCCAACCUGUCUUGAGGUAAGUAUUCCUUUCUAUGCACUGUCGGCCAUUCGGUGCGCGUGUUUCCUUACUCCUUACGUAGCUCCGCUAAGCACAUUCAAGUUACGAGACACGCGAUCAAGAGCCGUCGUCACUGGCCUGCAAUGCCGACUAUCAACAAUACACAUGGCCAUGGUCUGCAAAUCAUGCUGAAUCUGCACCUGUCAAUCCUGAUGGCUUUGACACCUCUCAUUCAAGUCCCUCGUUCCUGGGGCCAGACGACAUAUCUUGGUUCCAUGAGCAUGUUCGAGCUCAGCGCAUCAGGCCUGAAUAUAUCGCGCUCCCGGAAGUGGAGCUGAUGCCAGCUUGGUUCGACUAUGGAACCCUUGAGCCUAUUGUGGAGUGCUGCGAUACCGCCGACUCCCUCGUAUAUGCAGGUUCUACUUCUCCGCCUCCAAGUUUAGUCGGCACAAAUGACUCGUCCCUCGCCGCCCUCAACGAUGAACCGCCUGUAUGGCACACGCAAGAGAUGCCAGAUGGCAGUGUGGAUAGCAGUCCCCAUAGCCGCAUGGAUCCCGUCAAGCGCUGGCUUCAUGAUCAUCCCUUCGAUCGAUAUCCUACCCGUGAGGAGAAGGCAGACCUUGCUGCUGCAGCUGGGCUAUCGAGUCUCCAGUUAAGGCGACGCUUGACUAAUCUUAGGAAGCGUGAGAGACUCACACUUGACCAGUUGUGCAACGAGUCAGAGGCUGCGCUUCAGGGGUUCGAGAGCCGCGACAGAAGGACAAAACCCUUUUACGGAAGCGCGCAAACAGGAUGUGGGCAUGCACACCAAGGUCGCAAGGGAAAGAGACUGUAUUCAUCAAGACAUUCAUCUGCCGUAAGGGAGUUAGUGCGAGGACAUUCCUCCCACGUAGCUAGCGACAGCAGUGGAACUACAGCCAAACGGUUUCACUGCACGAUGUGUCUAAAGCCCUUCAAGAACUCGUACCUUUGGAGGCGACACGAGUCUGGAGUUCAUGGCUUCGGUAGUACCCGAUGGAUCUGCACACUUGACAGCACAGUCAUGAUAGGUGCGAAGUGCAUCUUCUGCUCCGAAAUCGUUUACAAUAUGGACCACUUCGACCAACACAACGUCCAAAUCUGCUUGGCAAAAGACAAGGCUGAGCGAGUCUUCGAUCGCAAAGACCUUCUCAAGCAGCACGUACAGUAUGUGCAUCUCACCUCAGCCAACGACUACACGAAAAGAGGAUUUGAGCCUCCAGACGCGUGGCUAGAAACGGAGGACAGUUUCUUGCCGAAUCCUGAAGGUCUCUGGUGUGGCUUCUGUCAGCUCACAUUUGAAACAGUUGCCAAAAGGAUGAUACACGUUGCACAGCACUUUCAGGAUGGGGUUGAUAUGGUUGACUGGGUUCGAAGAUUGGAUCUUGCAAACAGCGCGAUGGCUUGAAUUUAUGUACUAACGAUUUCCCUUUGUAUCUUGUUUUCGCAUCAACACUUCUAGGGCGGCCGCGUACAGAGAAUAUAUAGAGCGACCGACCCAUGUUAUGACCAUUAUGAGCGACUUGUUUCGAUGAAGUAGGU